AUGCUUAGAGAAAGCAACGGUAAUCAAGACCAGAAUAUUUGUGAAUCCAGUACUGAUGAAGACAGUUUCUUCAUGAUGCAGGUUGCAGACUUAGAGAGAAUCGGCGAGUCGUCAAUGGAAGUCAGUAGUGAACAUGGGGUCGUCAGUGAUAUGCAUCAAUCUCCUCCAGCUGUGUCAACGUCUCAGUCAUCGCCAUCGGACGAGUCCACUGGCAAAGAAAAAAAGGUGAAGAGACCUGAUCAGCCUUUUUACUUCCUUAAGUUACAGAGUAAGAAAGUUACGCCCAAAGACGAGUACCCAUUAGUGCCCUCUCCAAAGAAAACUCUUGAAGUGGAAUCUACUCCAACCAACCUUCCCGCUGCUCAGGCACAUGAAAGUUCGACCGCUUCUAGUGCUGGAAUGUAA